AUGUUAAGACGCAAGGUGCUACAAAGCGCGAUCGGACCUUCGGCGCGAGCGUCGAGGCGGUUCCGGCUCCAGCUCGAAGGCACCUUCACCCAGUCACCGAACGACAAGAGCUGCACCGCGUGGAAGGCAGGGUGGAAGACCGUAGCGAUGGCUUCCGAAGUCUCCCCCAACCACCUCGCCGAGUCCGGCAUCACGAUGCACUCCGACAGCGAGCAGUACUCUCCCGGGGAGGAUCUGUCCACGUCACCACCCUCCUCGAGCUCGCCCGUCCUUCUCUACAAGCCACCGACGAUUUUUUCGCUGCUGCGCGGAGCUGCCAUCAACCUGCUUCUCCCUUUCAUCAACGGCAUGAUGCUGGGAUUCGGAGAGCUCUUCGCCCACGAGGCGGCGUUUCGGUUGGGUUGGGGUGGCACAAAGGUCUUCCCCACGUCUCGGCGGAGAACGCAUCCGAUCGGGCCGGGUAUCGAGGUCAGAGAGCGACGUGAGAAACCGACGGUGUCGCUGUACGACUAUGCGAGCUUGGAGUGA